AUGCCGCCCAAGAAGCCGGAUCUGUCGGGCUACCAGUACAGUGCCAUCUCCUCGUUGGUGACGCAGACAGAUCGUCGACUGGUAGAUCGGCACGACAAUGAGCCCAGCGGUGCUCCCGAGUCUCUCAUUGGGCGCAUCAGUCACAAGGAUAUGGGCGCGAGGGUGGUGAGGGAACAAGCGAAGGAUGUGGAAAAGAAGAAGCGAAAGGCUAUGGAUGAGGGAGAAAUCAGAUUGAACAAAAAGGGAAAUGCUAAUGGCGGCGCUGCAGCUUCCAAUGCAGGAGGAGGAGGUCUGGGCGGAAGCUAUGCGGACGUACUUCAAGCUACUGCCGACAUCGAAGGUCUCACGUAUGUGCCACGAACAGCAGAAACUCGGCAGACGUACGAAAUGAUCCUCAACAUCGUGCUCAGAGCUUUGGGAGACCAGACUUCCGACGUCGUCAGAUCGGCGACGGACGGGGUCAUCGAGACGCUCAAGCUGGAUGAUAUGCGGGAUCACGAGAAAGCGAAGGAGGUUGAAUCGAUCCUAGGCACAGCCAUGAGUCAAGAGUCGUUUGGGCAACUCGUCAAUCUCUCCAAGAAGUUGACAGACUACUCGGCUGAGGGAGAGGAUGUCAGGGAUCCUGAUGCUGACAAGAGGAACGUGCUGGACGAGGACGGCGUGGCCGUGCUCUUCGAAGGAGAAGAUGAGGAUGAAGAGGAAGAAGGCGAGACCUACGUCGUAAGGGAAGAGAGCGACGACGAGGACGACGCUCCUGCAGCUGCGAAUGGCGAUGAGGAUGAGGAUGCCGCAGAUGGGGCCGACUCGACCAGCGACGCAGAAGCAGAAGGCGAUGCAAAAGUCACCAUCGGUGGUGAUGGCGGUCAAGGCGCAUCCACAUCGACGUCAAGCAAGGCCAAGAGUGGCCCAGCGAGCAGGACUUCCGAUACACUGACUCCUUUCGAUGUUGACGCUUUUUGGCUGCAGAGACUCGUCGCUGCUUCAUACCCAGACGAGCACGAAUCCUCCUCCAAAGCCUCCAAGGCGCUCGAGAUUCUGGCUCAAGAUACGCCGGCGCGCGAUGCAGAAAACGAUCUCAUGGAACUCUUCGACUACGAACAUUUCGACAUCGUGCAGACGCUCAUCAAGAAUCGCGAAUUGGUAGUGUGGUGCACUAGACUCGGUCGAGCGGACGAGUCUUCUAGAGCUGACGUCGAGGUCAGCAUGAGAGAGGCUGGAGUCGGUUGGAUUUUGAAAGCUCUGCGCGGUGCAGGCGACGCGAAAGCCGGUGCGAAGGGCUCUGCUGCUGCUGCUGGCCUCAAGCCCCUCGAUAUUGACGAAGAUGCAAAAGCACGAGCGCGCAAAAUUACCACAGCCGCCGCGCUCGCGCCCGGAUCAACCCUUGCACCGCGCAAAGGAGUGGACCUCGAAGCUAUGGCUUUCACUGCAGGAGGCCACCUCAACACCAAUGCCAAAGUCCGUCUACCCGAAGGAAGUUUCAAGCGGAGCAAAAAGGGCUACGAGGAAAUUCACGUGCCGGCGCCCGUCAAGAAGGACGUGCCUGCUAGCGAGAGGAUACAAAUGUCUUCUUUGCCCGCCUGGGCCCAGACGGCCUUUCCAGGGGCCAAAGAGCUCAAUGCGGUGCAGUCCAAGUGCUACCCGAUCGCCUUUGGAUCGGACGAACCUAUGCUGCUCUGCGCUCCUACCGGUGCCGGAAAGACCAACGUGGCGAUGCUCACCAUUCUCAACGAGCUAGGCAAGUGGAGAGACGAAGAGACUGGAACGUUCGACUUGACUGCGUUCAAGAUCGUCUACGUUGCGCCCAUGAAAGCGCUCGUUGCUGAGCAGACGGAAAAUUUCCGAGCUCGGCUGUCUCACUUUGGCGUCCAGGUGAAUGAGCUGACGGGCGAUUCGCAAUUGACGAAGCAGCAGAUUGCGGAUACCCAGAUCAUCGUCACCACUCCAGAAAAGUGGGAUGUGGUGUCGCGGAAGAGCACGGAUAGCAGCUAUACGAAUCUGGUCAGGCUCAUGAUUGUCGACGAGAUCCACCUCUUGCACGACGAUCGUGGUCCGGUUUUGGAAGCGAUCAUCGCGCGUACCAUUCGACGCAUGGAGCAGCUCAAUGAUCCUGUUCGGCUUGUAGGACUCUCGGCUACCCUGCCUAAUUACAAGGACGUGGCCACCUUCCUUCGAGUAAAUACCAAGCGCGGACUGUUCUACUUUGAAGCCUCGUACAGGCCGUGCCCGCUCCAACAAGAAUACGUGGGCAUCACGGAAAAGAAGGCCAUCAAGAGGUUCCAGAUUAUGAACGAUGUCUGCUACGAAAAGACGUUGGACCAGGCGGGCAAGAAUCAGGUCAUGAUCUUUGUUCACUCUAGGAAGGAGACGGCCAAGACUGCCAAAUUUAUCAGGGAUAUGGCCAUGGAGCAAGAUACACUCGCUAGAUUCUUGCCGCAGAGCUCGGCGAGCAGAGAGGUGCUUCAGACUGGUGAGUCGAUGGUCCUGAUGAUCAUCUCAUCGAGACGCCUUGCCGCCUUGCCUGACACCCAUGCGCUUUUGUUCGCGAAUGCAGAGAUCGAGAACGUCAAAGACGCCAAUCUGCGCGAUGUCAUGCCGUACGGUUUCGGCAUUCACCAUGCUGGUAUGGGCCGAGCAGAUCGUCAGCUGGUAGAAGAUCUCUUCGGAGAUGGUCAUUUGCAAGUUUUAGUAUCCACUGCGACUCUGGUGAGCUUUGAGCGUGUAGCUGUCCAUGGCGGUGCGUGACUCCGACUGAUGUGUGCUCCCGUCUCCAAACGCAGGCUUGGGGUGUCAACUUGCCCGCGCACACUGUGAUCAUCAAGGGCACGCAGAUCUACAACCCCGAAAAGGGACGGUGGGCUGAGUUGUCCCCUCAGGACAUGCUGCAGAUGCUCGGUCGAGCUGGUCGGCCACAGUACGACACGUUUGGAGAGGGUAUCAUCAUCACAAAUCACGAUCAGCUGCAGUACUAUCUUAGCCUUCUCAACCAGCAACUUCCCAUCGAGUCUCAACUCGUCUCGCGUCUCGCCGACAAUCUGAAUGCGGAGAUCGUCCUCGGCACGAUCAGAAAUCGGGAUGAAGCUGUGGCGUGGCUCGGAUACACGUACCUCUACGUUCGCAUGCUGAGAAGCCCGGCAUUGUACUCUGUCACGGCCGACUAUGCCGAAGACGAUCCCUUCUUGGAGCAGAAGAGAGCUGACAUCAUCCACUCUGCUGCAGUCUGGCUGGAGAAGAGCGGCAUGGUGAGGUACGAUCGACGAACAGGCCAAUUUGCCACGAACGACCUGGGCAGGGUAGGAUCACACUUUUACGUCUCGCACACGAGCAUGUCGACUUACUUGCAGCAUCUCAAACCGCACAUGGGCCUCAUCGAAUUGUUCCGCGUCUUCUCGCUCAGCGACGAGUUUAAGCAUCAGAUGGUCAGACAGGACGAGAAGCUGGAAGUGGGCAAGCUGCUCGAGCGUGUGCCCAUACCCGUCAAGGAGACGCUAGAGGAUCCAGCAGCCAAGAUCAAUGUCCUGCUGCAGACUUGGAUCUCUCAACUCAAGCUGGAAGGCUACGUCUUGGCGGCAGAUAUGGUCUACGUAACCCAGUCCGCUGGAAGAAUACUCAGGGCUCUCUUUGAGAUUUGCUUGAAACGCGGCUAUGCUCGCUUGAGCCACGUCGCGCUGGACCUCAGCAAGAUGGCAGAGUCCCGCCAGUGGAACUCGAUGACUCCGCUUAGGCAAUUCAAAGGUGUCCCACCCGCUCUUGUGAGGCGGCUAGAGCGCAUGGAGUAUCCUUUCCACAGGCUGAGGGAUUUGGAACCCAACGAGAUUGGAGAACUUAUAGGCGAACCUAAAGCCGGUCGGUUGGUGCACCGUUUGGUACAUCAAUUUCCCAAAUUGGAGUUGCAAGCUUUCUUUCAACCUGUCACUCGAUCGCUCCUCCACGUGCAGCUCACCAUCACGCCCGACUUUCAAUGGGAGGAGAAGCAUCACGGACAUGCUCAGCUGUUUCACAUUCUCGUCGAGGAUGUCGAUGGAGAGAUUAUUCUAUUCCACGACACCUUUCAACUCAGACAACGCUACGCUGAAGAAGAGCACCAGGUCUCGUUCACCGUUCCAGUCACGGAUCCUGUCCCGCCCAACUACUUUAUCUCCGUCGUUAGCGACAAGUGGUUGCAGAGCGAAGUUAGGUUGCCCAUCUCGUUCAAGAAUCUGAUUUUGCCGGAAAAGUUCCCUCCUCAUACGCGCUUGGAGGACCGACAACCGAUGCCGGUGUCAGGGCUAGAGAGCAAGGAUGCGCAGGCACUCUUCCAGAGUCAGUUUGGCACCUUCAACAAGGUUCAGACUCAAACCUAUCAUACGAUCUACGAGACAGACGAUUCGGCGUUUGUGGGCGCACCGACUGGGGCAGGGAAGACCGUCAUCGCGGAGCUGGCAAUGCUGCGCCUUUGGAACAACAGCAGCGCGAAAGGAGAAUCGCAGACUCCUCGCACAGUCUGCUUGGUGCCUUUCCUCGAGAUGCUCGCUCCUCGCGUCGCGGAGUGGAAGGCCAAGUUUGGCGCCUAUCGAGGAGGCAGAGAGAUUGUCGGCCUGACGGGCGAGACUAGUGCGGAUCUCAGAUUACUCGAGAUGGCGGAUGUCAUCGUCGCGACUCCGGAUCAAUGGGACGUCCUCUCCCGUCGUUGGCGACAGCGCAAAAACGUGCAGAGCAUCGGCUUGUACGUUGCCGAUGAGGUGCACAUGCUCGGCGACUGGCGUCUUGCUGCCACGUACGAAGUCGUUCUUUCGAGAGCCCGUUUUGUUGCUGCUCAGACUGGCAACGCCACGCGAUUUGUCGCCCUUAGUGUGCCGCUUGGAAAUGCGAAGGACGUGGGCGACUGGCUUGGUGCGCCCUCUUCAGCAGUGUACAACUUCUCUCCUGCUGCUCGACCUGUGCCUGUGGAGGUGCAUAUCCAAAGUUUCAGCAUUCCCCACUUUCCCUCCCUUAUGAUCGCCAUGGUCAAGCCGGCAUAUCUGUCCAUCAUCGAGCAUGCCGCCGAGUCGCCUGUCCUUGCUUUCGUUCCGUCGCGCAAGCAGACGAAAUUGACGGCCAACGACUUGCUUGCCUAUGUCCUCUCGGAGAGCGAGAGGGAGGAUGGGGAGAGCAGAUUCCUCAACAUCGAGAUGAACGAUCUCAAGCCCCACCUUCAACGUCUUCAAGAUCGGGAGUUGGCGGAGCUGUUGGAGCAUGGAAUCGGCUACUAUCACGAAAGUCUGAGCAGGGGCGACAAGGCGAUUGUUGAGCGGCUUUACAAUGCGGGAGCGAUCCAAGUGGUCAUCGCGAGUCGAGAAACGGCUUGGAGCAUCCCUCUCACCGCGCACAUGGUCCUCAUUCUCAGCGUGCAGACCUACGAAGGCAAGGAGCAUCGAUACGUCGAUUAUCCUCUGACCGACGUCUUACAGAUGGUUGGCAAGGCAACGAGAAGGGGACCCGAGGGGCAAAGUAGUCGAGUGAUUCUGCUCCUUCAAACCACUCGCAAAGCCUUCUUCAUGAAGUUCCUCGCGGAAGGGCUGCCGAUCGAGAGCAGACUCGGAUCCUAUGCGCAAGACUUUUUCAAUGCCGAAAUCGUCGCCAGGACCAUCGAUGAUAAGCAGAGCGCCGUCGAUAUUCUCACCUGGACCUUGAUGUACCGGAGAUUGCAACAGAAUCCUCAGGCAUACAAUUGCCAAGGAUCGUCGAUGCAACACAUCGGAGACUUUUUGUCAGAGCUGGUAGAGACUAGCUUGGCUGAUCUGGAGAACUCAAAGUGCAUCGCCAUUGAAGAUGAGAUGGACGUUGCGCCUCUCAACCUGGGAAUGAGUGAGUCGCCGCCCUUGAUUGAUGUGCUCUAUGAGAUGCUUACUGACUGUGCAUGCCUCAUUUUGAUGCACGACUACAGUCUCUUCGUUCUACAACAUUUCUUAUGUCACCAUCGACGUCUUCAACAUGUCCCUCAAGGAGCGCACAAAGCUGAAGGGGCUGUUGGAGAUUGUCAGCUCAUCUGCCGAGUUCGAAGACUUGCCCAUCCGUCAGCACGAGGACGUGGUGCUUCGACGGAUCUACGAUCGAUUGCCCCACAAGCUAGACCGCAUCAAUCUGCAGACGCCCUACCACAAGGUCUUUGUGCUUCUACAAGCUCACUUUGCCCGCUUGAGCCUGCCGGCGGACCUGGAGAACGACCAGCGAUUGAUUCUCACCAAAAUCCUCAACCUUCUCAGCGCUUGCGUCGACGUCAUGUCCUCCAACGCCUUCCUCAAUGCUCUCGUUGCCAUGGAGCUCAGCCAGAUGUGCGUUCAAGCCGUUUGGGAUCGAGACUCGCCUUUGCGGCAAGUGCCACACUUUACAGCGGACACGAUUGCGCGCUGCAAAGCUCGAGGCAUCGAAGAUGUCUUUGCGCUAGGAGACACGCUUCCAGAUCUCUCUGAUAAGGAGCGCGACGAUCUUCUGCGCUUGGACAAGAGGCAGUUGGCGGAUGUAGCGAAGUUUACGAAUAAUUUCCCUUACAUCGAAGUCUCCUUCAAUAUCGAGGAUCAAGAUGCGCUCGCUUCCGGCACGCCCAUCACCAUGAAUGUGAAUUUGGCCAAGGACGACGAUGAAGAGGAGGAAGAUGAGGCGAGCGAUCCUACGGUUGUGGCGCCUUUCUAUCCCAACAAGAAACUGUGCAACUGGUGGUUGAUUGUCGGAGAUCCUGGUGCGCGCACCCUCCUGUCCAUCAAGCGGGUGACCAUCACCAAGAGCCUCAAUGCCAAGCUGGAGUUCACCCUGCCAAAGGGCACUCAUAGUCGAUUGAGAUUGUACCUCAUGUCGGACAGCUACAUUGGCGCAGAUAGGGAAGUGGAGCUACCUAGCCUCGAGGUUGCAGAGGGAGAGGACAGCGAUGAGGAGGAUGAGGAUGAGGACGAGGAGGAUGAGGAAGAGGAGGAGGAGGAGGAGGAAGAGUCGGGCGCUGCUGGUGGUGCUGGGGACGAAGAUGUCGAGAUGGCAGAUGCUUGA